AUUAGAUUAGAUGACCUGCGUGACAUCGUAGUACAUUAAUUUACUGACAUUUAGUAAUUGUGGUAAACGUAUCUAUCUAAAUAUCUAUAUAUAUAGAUAUUUAGCCUUGUUGGAUUUUUCUCAUCAUACGUAUUUCCUGUCAUUCACGCAUUUUCUUCCCUAUCACCUGUACCUCGCUGUCUUUAUUUCCCAUUCUUUUGUCAGUUUCUCUCAACUCUUCAGGCCUGACAUACAAUGCCUAGGAUAGAUAAUGACGUGAAGCUGGAUUUUAAGGACGUUUUGCUGAGGCCAAAAAGAAGCACUUUAAAGUCUAGAAGUGAGGUUGAUCUUAAUCGUUCCUUUACGUUCAGGAACUCUGGCCAGAGUUACAAUGGCAUUCCAAUCAUUGCUGCUAAUAUGGAUACUGUAGGGACUUUUGCUAUGGCCCGUGCUGUAUGCAAGUUUUCUCUUUUCACAGCAAUACAUAAACAUUACACAGCUGAAGAGUGGAAAGAUUUUGCUGCCAGUUCGCCGGACUGCCUGGAUCAUGUGGCUGUGAGCUCCGGGACAGGGCAGUCAGAUUUUCAGCAUUUAGAGGAGGUGCUGACUGCGGUUCCACAGGUUCGUUACAUCUGUUUAGAUGUUGCAAAUGGAUACUCUGAGCAGUUUGUACAGCAUGUAAAGGAUGUGAGAGCCAGGUUCCCUGAGCACACCAUCAUGGCUGGAAAUGUUGUCACAGGGGAAAUGGUGGAGGAGCUCAUCCUGUCUGGGGCUGAUAUUAUCAAAGUUGGAAUUGGUCCAGGUUCUGUGUGCACAACGCGAAUAAAGACUGGAGUUGGAUACCCACAGCUGAGUGCUGUCAUUGAGUGUGCGGACGCAGCUCAUGGACUAAAUGGCCAUAUUAUCUCUGAUGGUGGAUGCACCUGCCCAGGGGAUGUGGCCAAAGCAUUUGGAGCUGGAGCAGACUUUGUGAUGCUAGGUGGAAUGUUUUCUGGACACACUGAAUCUGGUGGAGAAAUAAUAGAAAAAAAUGGCAAGAAAUAUAAACUGUUCUAUGGGAUGAGCUCUGAAACUGCAAUGCAAAAACACGCAGGAGGUGUUGCAGAUUACAGGGCUUCAGAAGGAAAAACCGUGGAGGUUCCUUAUAAAGGGGAUGUGGAAGAAACAGUCAAAGACAUACUUGGUGGAAUUCGCUCAACUUGUACUUAUGUAGGGGCUGCCAAACUUAAGGAACUGAGCCGCAGAACUACCUUUAUUAGAGUCACCCAACAACUCAACCCCAUAUUCAGUAAACCAUAAGGGAACUAUAUAAAACUAUUCUCUUCCGUAAUCUAGUUAUUCCCAAUUGAUUCUUCCACCUGUCACUGCCUACUAUAUUGUUACCACCUACUAAGACUAGCUCUUUAGUCUUCUGAAUUUCUGCUAGUCCCUUAUCCCCAAUUGAAUACUAGUACCUACUUGUCAUACCCCCAUUAUCUUUUCAUCUAUAAACAAAUCCAUUCCAUCUCAACUCUUUUGCUUCAUCUGUAAUAUGCUUUGUAAAUUCCAUUCCAAACAAAAAUACAUUUAAGUGUGUGUCAUGUAUGUGCAAAUAUUCUUAUAUAAAAUCUACAAUAAAUAUUUCAACAUUCUUGCAAGGAA